AUGACGGAGGCUCUGGCGGAGAUUGGCCUCGGGUUGGGGCAGCUGCAGGGCAUGUUGCACACUAUUUUGAACUCGACGGACAACAACGAGCGCCGCAGCGUGGAGUCAACUGUUGUGCAUGCCCUCAAUAGUCCCUCCAAUCUUAUGCUCCUGGUGCGUGUGGUGCAAGACGUGCAGACAGUGUCUUCCGGUGUUCGCCAGCUUGCGACUGUGCUGCUGCGAAAGAAGAUAAAUUCGUUGUGGCAUGCAAUUUCAAUGGAAUCGCGGGUAGAGCUAAAGCAGCUGCUUUUGACGCAGCUUGGGAUUGAACCCGUGCGCGUGGUGCGGUUCGCGCUGGCGCAUCUUAUCUCUCGCCUGGCGAAGGCGGACACGCUGGAAACGGGGGAGGGAUGGCCAGAGUUACAAGUGGCGAUUCGUGCCGCGGUGGAGGACCCACGUGGAGACGUGCGGGAGCUUGCGAUGGUCUUGGCGUACAGCAUAGCGGAGGUGGUGGGGGAGUGCGGCGACCUCAACACCCUGGUGAUUGAGGCGGUUCUUCAGGGCAUGACGGAUGCGGAGGUGAAUGUGCAGCGAGCGGCCCUGAAGGCAAUGGGGGCGCUUUUGCCAUUUGUGGACGUAAAUUUGGAUGGGGAGGAUAAGACGACGAUGACAAGGAAAAAGCGCGAGCGGGAACAUUUGCUGCAGUGUCUCAUCCCGCGUUGCCUGGAGCUUCUGAAGAUGUACGCGUCUCUGGAGGAGAGGACAAGCGUCUGUGUAAGCGUCUUGGAUCUGCUUGAACAACUGGUCGAGGACCUUAGUGUCAAGAGACACGGAGAAAUGCUUCAUAAUUUGGGUCUUGAAAUUAUUUCGGUGCUUCGAAACACGCUGAAUCAGCCGCGCGUGCGUCAGAACAGCAGCGAGGUGCUGGUGACGCUUGUAAACUUGAAGCCCAAGUUUGUGACCACAAUGUUGCUUCAGCCCAUGAUUGCAGCGUGUGUGCAAGUAAUGGGCGAGGAUGGUACUAUUUCGCUUCCGGAGGUGGCACACGUGGAGGACUCGGAAAACGACGACGCAGACAAUACCAUCGGCGAAGAUGCCGACAUGUUGCACGUAAACCCGCCUUGCAUGUACGCUGGGCGUCUGUUAAGUACGCUUGCAACAAAAGUGUCAGCUAAGUUGUUUACCAGCGCGUUGUUGCCGUUUGUUUCGCAUGUUUCAGAAAAUCCACAGGCGGGUCCUCUUGAGCGCAAGGCAGCCAUCCUUUCUUUGGCGUGUCUGGCGGAGGGUAACCCAGGCUACCUGCGACGCAAAGUUCGGUACGUAUUGAACCUAACGCAUGACUUCUUGUGCGACAGUAGCCCCAUUUCCCGUGAGGCGGCUGCCUUUUCCCUCACCUACUUCUGCCAGCAUCUCCAGCCGGAGGUGCUGACGCAUCAUCAGCAGCUCUUCCCCAUGCUUGUGCCACUUCUUCGCGAUGAACAUGAUGGUGUGCGUCGUCGUGUGGCUGUUGUACUGGACACACUCUGUGAGAACGUUGCGGAGGAUGUGGAGCCGUAUGUGCCGCUGGUGUUGCCAGCUGUGCUGGAAGCCAUUGGGUGUGUUUCCUUGGAAACGCAGAGAGCUCUCUGCGGCGUGAUUUCCUCUCUGGCCAUUUCCCGAAGUCCUUCGUUUCAGGUUCAUGCCACUCAGUGUUUGGAGCUGCUGAAGGCGCCGCUUACAAUGAACUCACCGGAGACGAUCCUGCUUCGAGCAAAGGCGACAGAGGCGGUGGGCAUUGUUGCAAACGCCAUUGGGAAGGAGGCUUUUAUGCCGUUCUUACCUUUUUUUAUUGAGCGCGUGGCUGACAACUUCCGUACCCGGCAGGCUGAGCUGCGGGAGGAAAGUUUUGGGUUCCUGUCAAACCUUUGUGAGACUUUGCGUGUCGAUUUUGUGCCCUACCUUAGCGACUCUAUUGGAUAUGCGUUGCAGACCAUCAACGAGGAUCGAACACACUACACAAAUAAGCACCCCCUGGCGGAGGGAUGCAUGCGUAAUGUAAAAAUAACGAACGGCGGCGAGAAAAGCGGUGAUGAAAGCAGUGAGGAGUCGGAGGAAGAGAGUGAUGCUGAGGAAAUUCACGCGCGUGUGCGUACGGCGGAUGUGGAGGAGAAGAGCAGUGCUGUUUAUUUUAUUGGUGUCUGUGCGGAGGUACUCCUUGCAGAUUUUGGUGCCGCAUGGAUUGAUGUCUGUUGGCCGGUGCUGAUUGAGUUGGACGCGUCCUUCCACAACAGUAUCCGGUGCAGCGCCCUCGUGGCACUGGCGAAGAUGGCGAAGGCGGCGCAGCGUUCUGAGCCUGUUGCAAGUUCCCUCGCGAAGGACACAUCAACAGUGUACGCACGUCUUUUGCUGGACAACUUGGUUAACGACACGCUGCUUCCGUGUAUUCAUGAAGAGGGGGAUAAGGAAGUCGUGGCAUCCGCGUGUGACGCGUUCGCGGUGUUGUUUGACCACUUUGGUUCUCAGGUACUUAGUGUGGACGUUGAUGUGUUUGUACAGGCUGCCACGGCUCUCCUGAAGCAAAGUACUGCCUGCCAACAGUCACAUGAAGACGACGAUGACGAUGAGGAGGAGGAGGAGGAGGAGGAGGAGUGCCCACCCACGGGGGACGCGGCGAUGGAGCUGGGCGAAGACCACGACGGUGUGCUGAUGGACGCGGUUUGCGACAUGAUUGAGUCGUUUGCAAAGGCGUAUGGCCCAUCCGUUAAGGCCUACAUUGAUGCCAUCUUUCCGUUUCUUCUGCCCUACGCCGCGGAUGAUCGCCCGUCGGAGGAUGUUGUCAUGGCAACUGGGUGCAUCGCCACGAUCAUUGAGGCAAUGGGCGCGGCGUCUGAGCCGUACGUCGAGGAUGCCGUUUCACUGGCAUUGCACCUUAUUGAUACCACCGACGAAUCUUCUGCAAAGGCCAACUGCGCCUAUCUUCUUCGGGUCUUGGUGGAGUGUUGUCCCAAUCGCUUUGAUAAUGCGUCCGCCACAAACCCCAUCCUACAAGCGCUCUGGGGCAUUGUCGGAAGCCAAGAUGAGAUUCCUGCAGCUGUAGACAACGCGGUAUCGGCAACAUGCACCAUGGUGCGUUGUCUCUCACCCAACAUUGUUCCGCUUCCAACGGUUAUCCCGGCACUGCUAGAGCGAAUACCGAUGCGGGUAGAUCGGACAGAAAACGCCAACGCCAUUCGAACCCUUAUACAUCUUCUGACUGUGCAGCGUGAGUUUACCACGACACACGUCUGGAUGGCGAUGGUGCGCUGCGUUGCGACCGUGCUUGCCGCAUUGACAGUGGAGGAGGAACAGAAGCAGCUGUUAGUUGCCCAAGGUGUUACCCCUUUCAUUGUCAAGUACAGAAACGAGUGGAGAGAGGCAUUUACGCAGCUGCCAAUGGAAUUACGAGCCGCCUUGGAACACAAUGGCUGCUGCUGCUGA